CUUUUACUCAGAUAGCCCCGGACAUCCUUGUCGCCAGCCUUGUCCCAGCGCCUCCAGGACAAUCAUCAAAUCUGCCUCGGGGACUGAGGAGCAGCACCCGCAGAAGUGCAAGAAUAUCCCAGGAUGGGUAUGAGCAGCUUGAAAUUGCUGAAGUAUGUCCUGUUUUUCUUCAACUUGCUCUUUUGGUUCUGCGGCUGCUGCAUUUUGGGCUUUGGGAUCUACUUCUUGGUCCACAACAACUUCGGGGCCCUCUUCCACAACCUCCCCUCCCUCACGCUGGGCAACGUGCUUGUCAUCGUGGGCUCCAUCAUCAUGGUGGUUGCUUUCCUGGGGUGCAUGGGCUCCAUCAAGGAGAACAAGUGCCUGCUUAUGUCGUUCUUUGUCCUGCUGUUGAUCAUCCUCCUCGCUGAGGUGACCUUGGCCAUCCUGCUCUUCGUGUAUGAACAGAAGCUGAGCGAUUCGGUGCGGGAAGGCCUGACUGACAGCAUCCAGCGAUAUCACUCGGACAACAGCACCAGGGCGGCGUGGGACUCCAUCCAGAAGUUUCUGCAAUGUUGUGGUGUAAAUGGCACAAGUGAUUGGACCGGCGGCCCACCAGCUACUUGCCCUAAAGAUCCACAAGUUAAGGGUUGCUACAUAAAAGCAAAAUCAUGGUUUCAGUCCAACUUCCUGUAUAUCGGCAUCAUCACUAUCUGUGUAUGUGUGAUCCAGGUGUUGGGGAUGUCCUUUGCGCUGACUCUGAACUGCCAGAUUGAUAAAACCAGCCAGGCCCUAGGGCUGUGACCUGCUACUGCCUUUGCCGAAAAGACUCGUUUCAUCUCUGGAAAUCCAAAACCACCUACAGCAUGAAGGCCUAAAUGAUCACCUCUCGGACUGGCAUCAUUGUCCCGCUCUCAUCUCUUCCCUGUUUUGACCCCUUUCUCACACAACCUGAGAAGAGGGUGUUGGACAGGCAUUUCCCAUCUCUGGAAGCAGGAUAUCACUCACCCACUCAUGGUGGCAGCCAUGCCACUCGACGUGGUGACACUAAUACCUGAGCAUUUUUCAGACAUGAGAGACCAAGAACCUGUGGCACUAAUGGCUCAAGAUCAAAGGAUGGGUCUAGGACUCGAAUUUUUGCAUCUUCUCAUUGUCAGGUCUCUAGUCUCUAAAUCAUGCCCAGUUCACUCCAAAGUCAAGAAAGACAGAAGCUGAAGGGACGUCUGGGGCCAGACUUACUGGAUCAUUGUCUGUGGGCCUUGGCUACGGGAAUGACAGAGUAUUCUCUCUUCACAAAUAGUGGGGUUUCAUUUCAAUUUCCUAUUCAUUCAUUCUGUCCUUCCAGAAGAAACUAUGCAGUUAUUCAUAUCCCGACUUCAGCCAAUCUCUUAGCCUUUGAUUUACAUAACUGUGGAAGAACUCACCAGGACCAGUAUCUCUGGUGGUUCAGGUGAUACUCACAUUCAGAAGAGUUCUGAUAUUUUUUCUUUAUCACAUAAGGUUUUGUUGAUGCGCUAUUUUAACUCUUUAAUAAAUAAAAUAGCAUAUGAUCUCAAUCACUACGUUCCCAUUCCUAUCUCUCAAAUGCAUGUUCCGUGAAUCAUACUGAUUGCCUUGCCAGCAAGCCAGGAAUACUAGUUAUCUAUUGCUGCAUAACAAAUGCCUACCUUCCCCUUUAUCUAAGGAAAGUUUCCCUAGUACUAUAAAGUUUAAUAUCUAUUGAGGUCUUUCCAAGUAUGAGACAAUGUGCUGACAACUUUACAUACAUGUGCCCGUUUAAAUAUUGACAAAAUGUCUCCUGUGUUCACCUCCAUAACUAACACACUCAUAGAAACUUCAUAGAUCUUAUCACGUUUUAUUUUAAUAAUCUAUAUAUUUUCCUUUAUUAACCUUUGGCCUGAUCAAGUCAGAAAAAGAGAGAAAAAAAUGUACAAAUUAACUAUAAAUAAAAAUUGGGCCAUAACCUCAGAUACACAGUUAAGAUUUUAAAGCCUGCAACAGAAUAUGAUUUUUAAAAU